UUAAAUUCAAUACAAUUUUUUUCCCCCAAAUGAAUCUAAUAAUAUCAACGAAAUCCCUUUUUAUCUCCACCCACUAAUGCCCAGGAUGAUUGAAUUUCAAGAUGCAGUGUACGAGGGCGCAGGAAUUAACAACGAGAUGAAAUUGAAUGUUAAUUAUCGUCCAAAGCCCCUUCGAUUGACUGGAAUCAUGAUAAAUCUUGGCGAGAAGAUUAGGGAAACCUCGGAGAUCAUGGACUUGAUUUCAAAGAAUGUGGAUAUAGUAUGCCUGAAUGUCUGUUACAAGGACCUAAAAUGUCAGGAAAAAAUGGUAAACAAUCUUCGAAAUGGAAUUGAGUGUCUCAGCUCUCGUCCUGGUUUAGCCUUCAAUCCUCCGGCUAUUGCAUUCGAUCUUCCCGGACCAGAUCUCCAGAUCAGGGACAUGAAUACUCUAGAGAGAACAGUGCGAUUAUCCGCGGGACAUCAAUUGAACAUUUUCAUACAGGAGAAUACCGAAAGAAUUGGUGAUGGGAAGGAAAUCGGUUACUUUGGUGUCUGCUGUCCUGAGUUACCCACAAUUAUGUUGGACAGAAAAUCUGGCUAUGUGGAGAUUGAUAAAAUUGAGAAAGAAUGCGUUCAUCACGUAUCCCCAAAGGAGGAACUAGACGAAAAAUAUGAAGAAGCCAUAAAGCUCGCUCUGGACCUUCACAUCGAUUUUUUAAUAAUUUCACACGUUGAAAAUUCAAAGACAGUAUCUGAUAUGAAGAUUCGUGUCCGUAAAUUAGGGAGCCGACCAAUUUGUAUUCUCGCGAAAAUUUCUUCACCCCAAGAACUCGAGAAGUUUGAUGAGAUUUUGAAGGCAUCGGAUGGCAUCCUGAUCGAUCGAGAGUCUCUCCAGAUCGGAAUACCAGUAGAAAAACUAGUUCCUACCCAGAAAUCGAUGAUAGCAAAGUGCAAUGAGGUGGGGAAAGCUGUACUGGUAACGUAUCGCGUGGCCGACGACAAUUCAACAAAAUUGAAGCUCGAGUCUGUGACAAACGCGGUAUUAGAAGGAAUAGACACUAUUUUCCUUGCCAGUCCUAUAUUUGAUCUGAAAAAUACCAUAAAAGUCUUUGAGGACAUUGAACUCGUCUUACGUAAGGCCGAGGCUGCUAGAUGGCACAGACAAAUUCUUCAGUAUUCAAGUUACAAGAGGACAAUUCCACUGGAUCCAACCCACGGAAUGGCAAUCGCUGCUGUUGAGAUGUCCAUGAAACUGAAUGCCUCGGGGAUAAUAGUGACAACGACAACCGGACGAACUGCGAUGCUCCUCUCGAUCUAUCGGCCAUCCUGUCCAAUUGCAGCCGUCACCAGAUAUGGCAUUACAGCACGAUGGCUGCGGCUGUACUUUGGUGUUCAUCCUAUCCACUAUAAAUGCUCACCGGAUCCCGACUGGAAUCAAGACUUAGAUUGUAGAGUGGAGCGUGCUAUGAAUUACUUGAGACAGUGGAAAUACAUCGACACAGGUGACCCAGUCAUUGUUGUAAGUGGGUGGCGUCGUGACCACAGCUUUACCCACUCUAUUCGGCUCGUUUAUGCACCACCUGCUGCAUUAUCCAAGAAGUCUGAUGACUUUGAAGACACUUGGUCAUAACCAUCAACAGAGACC